GACAAUUAGACAGCAGAGGGAGGAAGACACUUCGUUUUGUCCGUACACUGGAACAGGAAGAACAGAACAAUGGAAAUCUACGGUCGAAUCGUCGGUUUGAAAUGUCCCAGAUUCCUUCUCAGAAACCCUAAAUCUCCUUCAUCAUCUUCUUCUUCUCCUUCUUCUCGAUUCCUCUGUUCGCGAAGAGAUCCCGACGAGCCCUCUCGGAAGAACGGCGACGACAACGGUGAUAAGUCUUCCACGGAUUGGGACAAGGCAUGGAAGAGCUUCAAGAACCGAAGCAAGAAGACUCUGUUUCCGAGGUUUUCAGCCGACAAGUACGUGAGCUGGAAUCCUCGGCGGUCGGAGUAUCCGCUGUCCGAAGAGGUCGAUCCCAUCAAGAGAACGGAGAGGUCUAACCUCAUGCUGUGGACAAGUCCCCAGUUCACUCUGGUCGGCGCCAUUGUCAUCCUCUCCUUCCUCCUUCUCUACACCAUUCUUGCUCCUGUCAAGUGAUUUACAACGUGUUCUUGAUGUUUUCCUGCAACUGGGUUCGUCGCCCUGAGAGAGGAAGAAAAGAGGCAAGUGCUCGUGAUGAUGAUUUGACUUCGGUCAAGGCCAUGUAUAGUGAUUGUUGAUAUCCAAAGAUUCUAUAUGAACAUAACCUUUUUUUUUUUUUGGUUAAGAACCUCGUAAUAUAUAAAACAAUCAAACUAGUUGUUAAUGCC